GACUCUGUCCUGCGGGCGUUUUGAAGGAACAACCUGUCUCAGAAUCCUAAGGACGACUAUGAUCGCGGAUCGGAGAAAAACCUUGGACGGCAUUUGAGGAAUACCAGGAAAUGCAAACAGAUUUUUUUUGACCGCAGGCAAUAAAUCACCUUCUUCCCUGUCGACAGGGCUGUGCCAUCUCGUAUCACCGGUCAAAGGGUUUUCUCAAGCUCACAGAAUGGACGAAACGCUUCGUCUCAAGCCCACUCAACAUUCACUAGAACGAAACUGACCCUAUAUGGAUCACUGAAAUGGGAUUUAUUUACUGCUUUCAUUUAACUUGAACUAUAGGCUACACAUACAGGACUGACGAACAAUUUCACGAUGGGAGACAUAAGAGAAAGGGUUUUAUUGUGCUGUCGGAGCAUUUCCUCGUGUUUCAGAGACCCUGCGGAUGACACCUCACCUGCCACCGUGAAACCGACUAUUGAAGUGAUAAAGAAUGAGUUUGCGAAGGCGCCUAGCCGGGAGUUACCGCCGACACCUGUGGAGAAACCCGGCUACGUUUACGUCGCGCUGUACGACUACACGGCGCGCACGGAUGCUGACCUGAGCUUUAACGCGGGGGAUAAACUGGAGCCUCUCACUAAAAGCAGCGAUGACUGGUGGUUGGCGAGAGGAAUCACCGGGAUUUCGGCAAAUAAAGAGGGAUACAUUCCUGCUAACUAUGUGGCACCCGUAGAAAGCCUCGACGCUGAACCAUGGUAUUUUCCAGAAACCAAGCGCUUGGAUGCCGAGAAGAUGUUGAUGUCUCCAGAAAACAGCAAUGGAGCUUUUCUAAUAAGAAACUGUGAAAGCCAGGCGGGAGAACUCUCACUCUCAGGUACAUUAACCUCUUUUCAAUCCCCUAAUUAUUUUCACAUGUGCAGCUGUGAAGCCAUAAAUGUUAUAAACGUUAAAUAAUAAAAAAAAAAAUCU